AAAUAAAAAUAAAAACAAACAAAAGGACAGCAGAGAAAGAAUUCUCAGACAACACGGGACUUUAGGCUGUGCUUUCGUUUUGCAACAUAAAAAAUGAUGCACAUGAUUUUUAUGUACAGUGUAACAUCAAAAGAGAACUAGGUUCUGCAGUGCAAGAAUCAAUAGCUUAGUCAUUUUACUUAAAGGGAGCAGACAGCCUUCUUAUGGGGUUAGACAGCAAAAGCGAAUUUGAUCAUGAUGUGAUCUUGUCUCAUGAUGGUCUCUAACUGUAGACCUGUUCUUUGGAGCAGAAAAAGCAUACUUCCUUCCUUCUUUCUUAGAUGAAGAAAUAAACCCAGAGAAUCAAAUUCUGAAAGAAGUUUGGUUUUGUUGUACAUGGCUAUUAAACACCACCCUGUUCCCUGGGCUUGUAAUAAGGGAAAACUGCAUUAGAGUGAUCAGUGAUGAAUAUGUGUCUAAGAAAGAAGAAAAAGCAAUAUUCCUUUCCGAACAUGGCAAAGCAAUCUGAAGUUACACGUUUUCCUCUCACCACUGAUCUGGCAUGGAUGACAAGAAGCUACCUUUUGACUAACCUUUUCCAACUGUACAAGAUGCUGCAUAUGAAGAUGCUUUAAUUCGUAUUAAAACCACUUGGAUUUUUAUCAAGGCAAACUGUUGGCAUUGUCAUACUGUUUCUGUAUACUGAUUAGUUUAAUGUAUUUUUAAGUAGAAAGUGAGGCAUAAAUGGAUGGACAUGUACCUAGAAAACCCUGUGACAAGUAUUUCUUCAGAUCCUGGGAAUUUUUAUUUUUGUGGAUUACAGUUACUCUUGCAAUAAUCCCUGCUGUUAACUGCUCGUGCAGUUGUUCUGGAAUGCAUCUAUGAAUACCAUAACAGAUAAAGCUGUCUGACAAGGAAAACACUGAUGUUGGAAGAUCUGUGAACAUGAUGCAUGUGAAUAAUUUUCCCUUUAGGAGGCAUUCAUGGAUAUGUUUCGAUGUAGACAAUGGUACAUCGUCGGGACGAAGUCCCUUGGAUCCCAUGACAAGUCCUGGAUCAGGGCUAAUUCUUCAGGCAAAUUUUGUCCACAGUCAACGGAGGGAGUCUUUCCUUUACCGGUCAGACAGCGACUAUGACCUUUCUCCAAAGUCCAUGUCUAGGAACUCCUCCAUUGCUAGUGAUAUACAUGGAGAUGACUUGAUUGUGACACCAUUUGCUCAGGUGCUGGCAAGCCUACGUACUGUACGGAAUAACUUUGCUGCAUUAACCAAUUUACAAGAUCGGGCACCCAGCAAACGGUCACCAAUGUGUAACCAACCAUCCAUUAACAAAGCAACUAUAACAGAGGAGGCCUACCAAAAGCUGGCCAGCGAGACCCUGGAGGAGCUGGACUGGUGCCUGGACCAGCUGGAGACCCUGCAGACCAGGCACUCCGUCAGCGAAAUGGCCUCGAACAAGUUUAAAAGAAUGCUCAACCGGGAGCUAACCCACCUUUCUGAAAUGAGCAGAUCAGGCAAUCAGGUCUCUGAAUAUAUAUCAAACACAUUCUUAGACAAACAACAUGAAGUUGAAAUUCCUUCUCCGACGCAGAAAGAGAAAGAGAAAAAGAAGAGGCCAAUGUCUCAGAUCAGUGGAGUCAAAAAACUGAUGCACAGCUCCAGCUUAACUAAUUCCAGUAUUCCCAGAUUUGGAGUUAAAACAGACCAAGAGGAUGUUCUUGCCAAGGAACUAGAAGAUGUGAACAAAUGGGGCCUUCAGGUUUUCCGAGUAGCAGAACUAUCUGGAAACAGACCUUUGACCGUCAUCAUGCACACUAUUUUUCAGGAACGAGAUUUGUUAAAAACAUUUAAAAUUCCAGUAGACACUUUAAUAACUUACCUGAUGACCCUAGAAGAUCAUUACCAUGCAGAUGUGGCAUAUCACAAUAACAUACAUGCUGCAGAUGUUGUUCAGUCAACCCAUGUCUUGCUAUCAACCCCAGCAUUAGAGGCAGUGUUCACUGAUUUGGAGAUUCUUGCAGCAAUUUUUGCCAGUGCAAUACAUGAUGUAGAUCAUCCUGGGGUUUCAAACCAGUUUCUUAUCAACACAAAUUCUGAACUUGCCUUGAUGUACAAUGACUCAUCAGUACUGGAGAAUCACCACUUAGCUGUGGGCUUUAAGCUGCUACAGGAAGAAAAUUGUGACAUUUUCCAGAAUUUGACCAAAAAACAGAGGCAGUCAUUGAGGAAAAUGGUCAUUGACAUUGUACUUGCAACAGACAUGUCUAAGCAUAUGAAUCUAUUGGCUGAUUUAAAAACUAUGGUUGAAACCAAAAAAGUGACAAGUUCUGGUGUCUUACUUCUUGAUAACUAUUCAGAUAGAAUUCAGGUUCUUCAGAAUAUGGUGCACUGUGCAGAUCUCAGCAAUCCAACAAAGCCACUCCACCUAUACCGCCAAUGGACAGAUAGAAUAAUGGAGGAAUUCUUCCGUCAAGGAGAUCGGGAAAGAGAGAGGGGAAUGGAGAUAAGUCCCAUGUGUGAUAAGCACAAUGCAUCUGUAGAAAAAUCACAGGUGGGUUUUAUAGACUACAUUGUUCAUCCUUUGUGGGAGACAUGGGCAGAUCUUGUUCACCCAGAUGCCCAGGAUAUCUUAGAUACACUGGAAGACAAUCGAGAAUGGUACCAGAGCACAAUCCCUCAAAGUCCCUCUCCUGCACCUGAUGACCAGGAAGAGGGUAGACAGGGACAAACUGAAAAAUUCCAGUUUGAAUUAACACUGGAGGAAGAUGGAGAAUCAGACACCGAAAAGGACAGUGGAAGUCAAGUAGAAGAAGACACCAGCUGCAGUGACUCCAAGACUCUUUGCACCCAGGAUUCAGAAUCCACUGAAAUUCCUCUUGAUGAGCAAGUAGGGGAAGAAGUAGAAGAGGAGGAGAACCAGACAGAACCUUGUGUAGUGGAAGACCAUGCUCCUGACACAUAACAAUGAGGACAUAUCCUCUCUGUCUUGCCCUCUCCCUUUCCCUCUCCCCUCCUUCCUCUCUCUAAUUAAGUAAUGGUUUCCAAAGUGUAUGUCGUAUGCUACAAUCAUGAUCACAACUCACUGUCAUCUGCUAGGACGUUUGUUAAUCAAAACUGACCUUGAUGACUCAGUUUGGCACUCAGGAAUAUUGUAACCAGAAUCUUCACCUCCAUUGCUUCAGAAAGUGGGGGAAGAAGAUCCAUAAACUACAUCUUACUAAACUCAAUUUCACAGAUUUGAUUAACUAAAUCAAAUAUUUUCAGAGGAGUACCACCUGCCAACCGAAUGCUGGUAUGCUUUGGUAGUUUUUUAUUUUAUUUUAUUUUAUUUUAUUUUACUUUUUAUUUUAUUUUAUUUUUAUUUUAUUUCUCAACUUAAGCAUUGGAUAAUGUUCAUCAUCAGAGGAAACAGACAGAAAAUAAACUGAGGUUCCUACUGGAAAGCAAAUGCACAUAAAUGAUGGGACACAACACGAAUCUGUUACCAAUAGGAAGAUGAGCUGUGGAAAUUGCAUAAUUUUCUAAUUUCAAGUCUUCCUGAUAAGUGACUGAAAAAAGUGCAACCCAAUGGGUUGCACUGAACUCUGCAUUUUGUAUAAUAUGUAAAAGAGAGAUCUUUUGUAGAGCUUACUUUUAUUAUUAAAUGUACUGAGGUAUUAUAUUUAAAGAAAAACACUUUCCGACUUCAUCUGCCACUGGUUAUUUUUUCCAAAGAGUAACUUGCAAGUUUUCAGUACAAAUCUGUGCUACACUGGAUAAUACUUCUAGGGUUUUUUCUUUCCUUCUUGUUUUGCACCUUAGAACUUCAAAACAAUAUUGAAUUUUAAACAUCUAGUAUUUUAUGUAUUAGUGAGUUUCAUGAAUAUCCUUUAUGUUACCCAAAACUCCUACAGUCUGAUGGAAUUUUUUUGUUUUCAUUAUAAUGUUCCCAGACAUAUUAGAGGAAGUUAUGUUUUGCUAUUGUCCUCAUAGUGGCCUGAUCCUGUCAAUUCUGACUUUGUACCAGAAGUAGUACUACCAUUGAAACCAACUGUUAAGAUUAAGAUUUGCAGGACUAGGACCAGUAAGAAAGGUAAUGAAUUGUCUUUAAUAUAAAGGCAUCUCUUCGACUAUAUUUGUGAAAUUUAUCCCUCUGAAACAUGAUUUGCAGACCAUUUUUUUGCCUGGGAACUAUAGACUGCUAAAUCAGAACAAGCAAAUACAGUGUUUGGAAUAUAUAUUUUGGUAUAAAAGCAUUAAUGUAUUAUUUAAAUUUUGAUUCCCGUAGUUUCUUUUUAUCUUUUAGCGAUCUAGUUAAACCAUUUGCUAAUCUGAGACAUGUAAAAUAUAAAAAUUGUGAUUAGCAUUAUUUUUUCAUAUUUUUAUUGCAAGAAGAGCCAGGUCCAUCUUUUUUUUUUUUUUCUAUGUUUUUAAGUAAUUAAAAAAUGUGUCAUGAGAGUGGUAGUUUACUCCACAUUAUUUUAAUCUCAGAUAUUUUUUUUUUUAAUCCUUUAUACAGCUUGUGCUGAGAGAAGCCUACUUUUAGGUUUGAUUGGUACUGAAAACUUCCAUAACUUGGAAAGCUAAAGGGAAUUAGGAGUUCGUGUUUGACAUUUGCCUGUCCUGGUGCUUGCUCACAUGAAACAGGAAUUUUUUAUCUCCACUGCUUUACCCUUCAUUAAAAUUGUAGUUUUCAGUUGGGAAAUAGUUGCCUAGAGAAGGCACAGACUCUAGUCUGUAAAAUUCUGGUAAAAUGACAAUAUCAAGAUGAUUUCUUAACAAAAGAAAAUGGAAUCAGACAUUAUUUCCCUAGUUUGGAUUAAUUUGGUAGUAAAUAAGCAGAUAUAAAUGUUGUUUUUUGUUGUUGUUGUAGUUUGUUUUUUUUUUUUUGUUUUCAUUUUGGUUUUGGUUUUUAUUUUUUAUCUUUUUUUAAGUGUCUGAGAUCUUCUUUAAGAUAAGAACUUCUUUGAAAACUAUUGGCUAAUAAUUCAGCCUUUAAAUUCAUUUCACAUUCUUCUAUAUCCAGGUCAAAAUUUUCUCUACCUUUAGCCCUCACAGGGCUUUAGCACAGAUGAUACUGAAGGAGGAAAGAAAAUGAAGAGAACUCAUGUUUUUAAGGUUUCAACAAUAUUUUGUUCUUCAUCAUUUCUUCCUGAACCUGACCCACCUAAAAAUCCUCUCAAUCCCUAAGAGUGCCUGGAACCUUAAUAAUGGAAAAGCAAUAUAAAUUCCAAAAUGACCAAUGGGGACCUGAAAAGCUUUUGUAUCUGCACUAACUGAAAGUAAAUGAAGAGAAAACACCAUAUUGUAUUGUGAGACAUAUACCCAUACAUAUGGACAAUCAAACCAUAGAAAAUUGUAUCAUUUCUUAGAGAUGGGGAUAUAAUGCACUGUACAAUCUUUUUUUUUCCUCUUUUGCCAAAGUGUGUUUUAGCAUUGCACACUGCUUUAAAACAAUACAAUUUACAAGUGGCUUUAUGUGUUUUAAAUAAUUUUGCCAUAAUAAAAUGCGAUGAGUUGGGUAUUGGGGGGAGGAAAGGGGGGGAGAAAAUUCACAUUGCUUAUAACAGUACACUUUAGCUUGCAAGUUACUGUACUCAAUAAUGCUGUAUUUGAAUUUUUAAAUUGUUUUGUGUCAUUGUUAAAAAGAUAAUGAAAGAAUAUAGAUAGAACAAAUAGCAUUCAGAAGUUUUAAAAACUUGAAUGAAAUGGAUUUUUCAGAAAGCUUUGACAAUUCUUUUAAAAUGCAUUAUUUAUUUUAUUUGUGCCAUGCAUUUUUCUCACCAAAUGACCUUACCUGUAAUACAGUCUUGUUUGUCUCUGUUUACAACCAUGUAUUUAUUGUAAUGUACAUACUGUAAUGUUAAUUGUAAAUUACCAGUUCUUAUUAUAACAUCAUCCUUGUGAGGGUGGUGUUGCUAUAUUUGGAAACUCUUGGUGAGAGAAUGAUUAUUGUGUAUACAUAUUCCUUGUACAUUUUUUCUCCUGUAAUAUACUCUAUGUCACCUUAGAGCUUGUUUAUGGAAGAUUCAAGAAAAGUAUAAAAUACAUAAAGAUAUAUCAAUAAAAAAAAAAAGAGGAAAAAAGAAAAAAAAAAAAAAGCUGCAGGUCUUUGGUCCCAGGGCUGUGCCUUAACUUUAAACAAUUUUUUCUUCUGUUUUGCUGCAUUUGAAAGUAAGGUAGCUGUGGGGCUAGGGCUGGGCAUAUCUACCCUAUUUUUAGUGCUAGCUUACGGGGAUUACAAAUACAAGCUAGUAUGCAUGAUACUACAGUGAGCUUUCAUUCAUGACCCUACUGCAAGUUCAAGCUUUUCCAGACUUUGGGCAAUAUGAUUGUACUGCCUCUCUGAUUAUCUUUUUACAGGCUAUCAUCAGGGAUUAUUGCAUAUUGCAGCCAUUACUUGCUACUACUAAAAAAAAAUAAAUACCGAUACUAUAUUUCAAUACUGAAUUUUGCUGAAUUUUGCUGAAAGAGCUUUGGAAAGCAGCUCUAACAAGCAUCUGAUUUUAAUGCAUAUUGGCAAAUGAAAUAAUUGGAAUUAAAAGGGUAUAUCUCAUACACUUUUUUUUUUUUUUUGUUACCUAAUAUUCUUUCUUUACUCAGUAGCACAAAUUGCCACUGUAUAAGCAGAAUCCGUAAAGUAGGACAAAAGACAAUUUCAGACUUGGAAAUGCUUUCUAACACUAAUAAUAGUGUUAUAAGCAGCCAAAGUUUUUAUUUUGUAUAGAUGUAUCUAAGGCUUUGUACAGGUAUGUAUAGCAUAAUGCACUAGAUCUGGUAAACCUUUUAAUAACACUAGCGUUAGUUUUACAGGUUGGACUCUGAGCAUCUCUUGUUGUUUGAAUAUCACAUUGCUCCAGACUGCUUAGGACUGAUAGCAAUGAAUUUUCCAGAGCAAGGUAAACGCCUCUCCUCCAUUCCAGUGAUGCCCAGCCCUUGUAGCAUGCGACUUUUCGGUGAAAGGAGCAAUUCUUUUUCAAGUAAAAACAGAGCCUCCUUUUUGACACAAACUGUAGAUUUUAGCAGCCCUGGCCCAAAGGAAAAUGAUUGCUUUUGUUUUAAACUGUAAAAGGGACACUAUAAUGAGAGAAAUCCUGAACAAUUUUUUGUUGUUGUUUUAAUUUGAUUUUUUCUUUUGGGGAUGUCUUGAGAGUGGCAACUUGUGUGAACAUUGCACAUGACAAUUACUUCACCAGUUUCUUAGCCUCUCUUACAGCCUAUGGGAUAGUACUGUACAUCAAUACCUUCAUAUGAAAUUUUUAUAUGCAAUGGAAAUAAAAGCAUGGGUUGAUUCUGCCUAGUUACUGUA